AUGUCUCCUCCUACUCAGCCAGUAGCCGCCGUCUUUGGCGGAACACGAAUAGGCAACAGAGAGCUAUUCAUGCCCCAUACCCAGCUCGAGACAUUCUUAACAACGCUAGCUCAGCACCACGUUACCAAAAUUGACACAGCACAGGCGUACGGAAAUUCUGAAGUUACACUUGGCAGAAUCCAGGCGGGCAACAGAUUUGUCAUUGACACAAAAUGGAGCCCUUCUUCAUGGACCGAAUCCAGCACGCCCUGGGCCACCAGCGAGCGCAUUAUACGCUCUGCCGAGGAAAGCAUCUACAAGUUAGCAGUUGACCAAAUUGACAUAUUUUACCUUCAUAGGCCAGACCCAAUGACACCAAUUUCCGAAACCCUUGCGGCAGUAAAUACCAUUCACAAGCGUGGCGUUUUCCGCCGAUUUGGGCUAUCAGGCUUCCCUGCCACAGAGAUUGAAGCUAUAUACAAUCACUGCGCCGAUCACAGCUAUCCUCUCCCCGUCGUUUACCAGGGUAGCUACAAUCCAUUGAAUAGACAUAAAGAAACUGCCCUACUUUUGACCUUGCGCAGACUGGACAUCUCCUUCUAUGCGUACGGUACUUCAGCUGGAGGAUUUCUCGGCAAAAGUGUGGCACAAGCAAAAGAACUGGCCAACAAUGGUACCUAUGUCUCAGCGACCUGUCGGCCGUAUUUGCGCGAUGCCAACUUUUUGGAGAUGCUAGCACAAUGGAACACUAUUGCAGCAAUCGAAAGAGUGAGCCCAGCUGAGCUGGCGUAUCGCUGGGUGGCGUACCAUUCAGCAUUACGCUCAGACAACGGUGAUGCAUUUAUCAUUGGUGCUAGUAGCCCUGAACAACUAGACGAAACACUCAGUGGCAUUGAGAAGGGUCCACUCAGCGGCAAUGCAUGUGUUUCUAUUCAUGAAAUAUGGGAAAAGGUAAAAGGAGAAUGA